CUUCUGCAGCACCUGAAGCGGAUCAUCUCUGACCUGUGCAAACUCUACAACCUCCCCCAACAUCCAGAUGUGGAGAUGCUGGACCAGCCUCUGCCGGCAGAACAGAGCACACAGGAAGAAGUGUCUUCUGAGGAGGAAGAUGAAGAGAUGCCCGAGGACUCUGAGGACUUGGACCACUAUGAGAUGAAAGAGGAAGAGCCAGCAGAUGGGAAGAAGACAGAGGAUGAAGGCAUUGGGAAGGAAAACUUGGCCAUUCUAGAGAAAAUCAAAAAGAAUCAGAGGCAAGAUUACUUAAAUGGUGCAGUGUCUGGGUCUGUGCAGGCCACCGACCGGCUGAUGAAGGAGCUCAGGGAUAUUUACCGAUCACCAAGUUUCAAGGGCGGAUACUAUGCAGUUGAACUAGUGAACGACAGCCUGUAUGAUUGGAACGUCAAACUCCUGAAGGUUGAUGAGGACAGCGCUUUGCACAAUGAUCUCCAGAUCCUCAAAGAGAAAGAAGGAGCAGAUUUCAUCCUCCUCAACUUCUCCUUUAAAGAUAACUUUCCUUUCGAUCCACCCUUCGUAAGGGUCGUGUCCCCAGUGCUGUCAGGGGGGUAUGUCCUGGGUGGCGGUGCCAUCUGCAUGGAGCUCCUUACGAAGCAGGGCUGGAGCAGUGCCUACUCCAUUGAGUCGGUGAUCAUGCAGAUCAGCGCCACGCUGGUGAAGGGGAAGGCACGAGUGCAGUUUGGAGCCAAUAAGAAUCAGUACAGCCUGACCAGAGCCCAGCAGUCCUACAAGUCCCUGGUUCAGAUCCACGAGAAGAAUGGCUGGUACACACCGCCCAAGGAGGACGGCUAGCAUGGAUGCUGCAGGACCAACCUCAUCUUCUGGAUGCUCUACUUGGAUCUCAACGCCGCCCCUUGGCUUUCUCCCGGGAUGUAAUAGCUCUGCCUGUUGCAGGACAAUAAUGGCUGUUUAAAAACUCUAAAUAAAACUGUUUUAAGCAGUUGGGACUGAGCGACACCACUUGCUGGACCCUCGCUAGCAGCAAUUCUUGUUAAGACAAACUUCUUGAGCCUCUUGUAUUGCUGGAACCUUUCGACUCUGCUCCGGUCUCGAGCAUCCUCCUUACCUAUGCUAUUGGAUUUAAUUUAUUUUCUUAUUUCAUGUACACUGCUUUUUUUUGUUACAGUGUAUGAUGGAUGUGUAUGGAAAAAUGUAUCUUUGGAGAAAAGUUACAGUUUGUUAAUUUGAA